AAUUUAAAUCGAGACGAGCCGCCACUGUGUUCUGUCAAUUGUCACUUGUCAACGUGGCUUGAAAAGUAACAAAACGGGGCGAACGCUCGUGCGCCCCUUAUAACCCCCCUGUGAUAUGAAAGAACUGGACUCCGGACGAUUUGGUGCGGGAAUAUUGCCACAAUUUGAGCAAAUUAGUGAAGUCGCCUCCCGAUUUCGUUUUUGUGUGUUUUUGCCCCAAAAUGGCCUUAAAGAAGGUUAAAGGGAACAUUGAACGCAUGUUCGACAAGAACUUGACCGAUUUAGUCCGCGGUAUUCGUAAUAAUAAGGAAAAUGAGGCUAAAUACAUCUCGCAAUGUAUGGAGGACAUCAAGCAGGAGCUGCGACAGGAUAAUCUAUCAGUCAAGAGUAACGCAAUUGCGAAAUUGACUUAUUUGCAAAUGUUGGGGUAUGAUAUUUCGUGGGCCGGCUUCAAUAUUAUCGAAGUUAUGAGUUCGAGUAAGUUUACUUUGAAACGGAUUGGUUAUCUCGCAGCUAGUCAAUCGUUUCAUUGUGAUUCAGAGUUGCUCAUGUUGACCACUAAUAUGAUUAGGAAGGAGUUAAACUCGCAAAAUCAGUACGAAUCAGGGCUGGCUUUGACGUCCCUCAGUUGUUAUAUUAGCACAGACUUGGCCAGAGACCUCUCAAAUGAUAUUUUAACUCUUUUGAGUUCCACUAAGCCGUACAUUCGUAAAAAAGCCGUUCUCAUGAUGUACAAAGUGUUCCUCAAGUACCCCGAAGCCCUACGUCCUGCCUUUCCCAAGCUGAAAGAGAAGUUGGAGGACCCCGAUCCGGGGGUACAAUCAGCUGCCGUCAAUGUAGUGUGUGAAUUAGCACGGAAAAACCCCAAAAAUUACCUAAGUCUGGCCCCUGUUUUCUUCAAACUAAUGACAACCAGUACGAAUAAUUGGAUGUUAAUUAAAAUAAUUAAACUUUUUGGUGCCCUGACUCCGCUUGAGCCUAGACUAGGUCAAAAGUUGAUUGAGCCUUUGACGAAUCUCAUACACAGCACUUCGGCGAUGAGUCUUUUGUAUGAGUGUAUAAAUACGGUCAUAGCAGUCUUGAUUACGAUAUCGUCAGGGAUGCCCAAUCAUGCCGCUAGUAUACAACUUUGUGUCCAAAAAUUGCGAAUCUUGAUCGAGGAUUCCGACCAAAAUUUGAAGUAUUUGGGCCUCUUGGCCAUGUCGAAAAUCCUCAAAACGCACCCGAAGAGCGUCCAAGCCCACAAAGACUUGAUUUUGCAAUGUUUGGAGGACAAAGACGAGUCAAUCCGACUACGAGCUUUAGACCUACUCUACGGCAUGGUCUCCAAGAAAAAUCUAAUGGAAAUCGUAAAAAAACUAAUGCUCCAUAUGGACAAAGCCGAAGGUACCAUCUAUCGCGACGAACUCCUCAGCAAAAUCAUUUUGAUUUGUUCCCAAAACAACUACCAAUUUGUUACAAAUUUCGAAUGGUACGUCACUGUUUUGGUCGAACUCGCCCAGAUGGAGUUCGGAUCGAAGCAGGGCCACGUGAUCGGUGCCCAACUAAUGGACGUUUGUAUACGCGUCCAAGCGAUUCGUCCUUUUGCCGUCUCGGAAAUGGCGCAACUUUUGGACGUUUAUUCAUCGACGUCCCAAUUUACCAUCAUGCAAGAGGUGUUGUAUGCGGCGGCGUGGCUCUGUGGGGAGUUUGCCUCCGAGUUGAAACAACCCGAGAAGACAUUAAGAGCCAUGUUGAAAUACAAGAGUUUACCCCAACACAUUGAAGCCGUUUUUAUACACAACAUUAUUAAAUUGUUCGCUCAUGUGAUGCGAGGCUAUGAGGAGGAGGGGCAAUAUGGGGAGAUUUUGGGGCUGUGUGAUGAUAUCUGUCUCAAGUUGGGGGAGAGUUUGAAAUCGGGGGAGUUGGAGGUGCAGGAGAGGUCCAGUACGUCGCUUAUUAUAGUGCAGAUUGUCAAGGAGGAGAUCGAGAAGGUGAUGGAGGAGGAGGGGGCGAAGGAGAAUUUAGUCUCGGGGGAUUUACUCGCACUGUUUAUGGGGGAGCUGAAUCCGGUGGCCCCCAAGGCGCAGAAGAAGGUUCCAAUACCGGAAGGGUUAGAUUUGGACGCUUGGAUCAACGAGCCCCCUGAUGACUCCGACUCGUCGAGCGACCACGAAGUCCUCGACAACCUCUUCAUCAAAACCGACAAGGACUUCGGUAAUUCGGUUCGGUACCAACCGGAACCGACUGAGGAAGAGAUCCGGAAGAGUCGCGAAGCCCGGAAAUACGAACAACAAAACAAUCCACACUAUCUCAAAACAUCUGACGUUGAUAAGAAUGCAAACGAUAGCAAUAUUGAUAAUAUUCCGGUCGCUGAAAUUGAUUUAAACGUACCGUUGAAAGUCGUAGGUCAGAAACGUUCCGAUAAGUAUUUGAACAUGAAUGCGAGUCGGAAGAAGACGAAAAAGAAGAAUAAAAAGAAGAAACACAAGAAUGAAAGUUCUUCAGAUGAGGAAAAUGCGAAUGAGGGACCAGUUGUGGAGGUUAAAAGGGAUUUGGAGUUGCCUGAAGGGGCGACGUUGUCGGAUUCGGAUAGUAGUCAUGGACAUGUCGAUGACCCCCAUAGGGCACUCAAUAUUGAUCUAGAAUUGCCUCCGGUUUAUGAGUCUCCGGUCAAGGCAGUCGAGGCGAAGGAGGAGGAAAAGAAAGUGAAAAAAUCGAAAAAGAAGGGCGAGAAAGAAGGAAAGAAGAAAGGGGAGAAGAAAUCAAAGAAAUUGAAAAAGGACAAGAAAGAGAAGAAGGAUAAAGAAGGUAAGUCGAAGAAGAAGAAACCGACCUCUGGGUACGAAGAAGCGUUAGGUAUUUCAACACCCAGUAAGGAAUUCCAAUGAUUUUUCUCCACAAAUCAUUUUAUAAUCAUACAAAUUAAUCAUGUUAUUGUAUUAUUGUUUAUUAAAGAAGCGAUAAAGAUAUCAAA